ACGUGUCAGUCUGCGGGGAGGGCUUCAUACCAAAUAUCAAAACAACCAGCACUGAGCAGCUGCGAGGCACACGGUUGGCACUGUCCAGCUCUCAGAGCUUUUUGUAUAUCUCUUUGACUCCACCGUAUACAUUGUGCUCAUCCAAAUUUACUCUUCUGAGAGACAAAGCUGUUGAGAAUGUCGCAAGGCAGCUUCGUCUUCACGUCCGAUGCUUUACGCUCGCUCCAAUUGGACGAGGACAUGCUGGAGAGACACAAGCACAAGCAGCGCUUGGCCUCCCAUCAUCUGCUGAGCUUUGCUCUGAAGAAAGAGACCUGGGACAGAACGCCUUUUCGGUCCAGCGUUACUCUGAGGCCGACUGUGUGCCGAGAUGUGGUGAUCCAAAACGUUCUGUACACAGGCAACUUGGAGGCUAUGCGGCGCCUCUUUCCUCGAGGAUCCACCGCCAGCCUCAUCAUCGAGCCGCAGGGUGGGGAGAUGCGCUGGGUCGCCCGGGGGGAGGGGCUUUGGUCGCUGACAUACGAGCAGGAGCUCACAACGCCGCUUCACAUCACGGCUGGUCGAGGCUUCACCGAAUGCCUGAAACACCUGCUGCAACGAGGAGCCAGUGUGGACCUGGCGCCAGGUGGCAUCACCGCCUUGCACGAGUCCUGCGUCCACUGUGAGCCAGAGUGUACCAGACUGCUGCUAGUCCACGGUGCCAACGCCAAUGCUGUCUCGGAGGACGGCCGUAUGCCUUUGCACUUGUGCUCCAGCCCUGAGUCCUUUGAAUGUGCCAAGUACCUCCUUCAGUAUGGCGCUGCAAUCAACGGCCGCACUGUGGAUGAAGACGACACUCCCUUGCAUGUGGCAGCCAGGAACGGUCUAAGGGACCACGUCCAGCUCUACUUGCGCUACGCAGCCGCCGUGGACAAAAAGAACGACGAAGGCCUCACGCCCCUGAACGCUGCCUGCUCGCAGCCGCAGGAGCUGCAGGACCUCCAGCGCUACUUCAACUUGUGCCAAAUUCUGAUCAAGUCCGGGGCUGACAUCCACACGACAGACCAGGACAAACAUACGCCAUUGCACAUGGCGUGCAAGAAUGUCAAUGCAGACUUGGUUGAGCUGCUGUUGGCCAAUGGGGCCAGCGUGAACGAAAUGGACUACGGCGGUGAAGCCCCUAUGCACAACAUCCUCAAGGUGGUUUGCUACAAGCUUGCCCAUAGUCCUGAGAGGGUUGUCCGUGCCCUGCUCAAUCACGGCUCCAUCCGAGUGUGGCCCGGAGCACUUCCCAAGGUUCUGAGGCACUGCUCUCAAUCGCCGCGCACCAUCGAAGUGCUGCUCAACUCCUACAGUCAACUCAGAGUCACUGACACCUGGGUUGAGUCUGUCCCACUUGAGGUCUUUGAGGCACACCAGGAGUUCUACGAGUCUGUCUUCUCCCUAGCACGGACUCCUCGCUCCCUGCAGCACUUGUCACGAUGCAAACUGAGGGUCUAUCUGGAGGGAAGACUCAACAAAGUGGUCCCAAGGCUCCACCUGCCAACAUUUAUCAAGAACUACUUGCUUCUGGAUUUCAGAGGUUAUGUGCACUAGUUAAGCACAUUUGAUAAGUUCUAUUCAAGAGUCUGCUGCUGCUAGAGAUCAAUAUUGCACGAGUUUGAUUGGUCUUGACUUCAGCCUUUAAGCUUGCUUCCUUUUUUCACCACGAGAGGGCGCCAGAGACUUAAUCUGAUUAAGUACUUUUUUUCCCGGUGCUCAUCCUCGUUUCCAUCGAUCCCAACAUCAUUCAUCGUCCGUCUCCUAACGAACAUAUGCUCACCUCUAUAUUAAUCACGUUUUGCCUUCGUAUUGAUAAGCCUCUUUCCGUUUUAUUUGAUUUUUUACCUAUUAAAUGUUCUGAUUUUUA